AUGGUGGCCUGCAUGUCUGUUAGACGAUGGGUAGGGGGCUAUGGUGGCCUACAAGCUGUUAGACGGUGGGUAGGGGGCUAUGGUGGCCUACAAGCUGUUAGUCGGUGGGUAGGCCUACAAUCUGUUAGACGGUGGGUAGGGGGCUAUGGUGGCCUACAAGCUGUUAGACGGUGGGUAGGGGGCUAUGGUGGCCUACAAGCUGUUAGACGGUGGGUAGGCCUACAAUCUGUUAGACGGUGGGUAGGGGGCUAUGGUGGCCUACAAGCUGUUAGACGGUGGGUAGGGGGCUAUGGUGGCCUACAAUCUGUUGGACGAUGGGUAGGUGGCUAUGGUGGCCUACAAGCUGUUGGACGAUGGGUAGGUGGCUAUGGUGGCCUACAAGCUGUUAGACAGUGGGUAGGGGGCUAUGGUGGCCUACAAUCUGUUGGACGAUGGGUAGGUGGCUAUGGUGGCCUACAAGCUGUUAGACAGUGGGUAGGGGGCUAUGGUGGCCUACAAGCUGUUAGAAGGUGGGUAGGUGGCUAUGGUGGCCUACAAGCUUGUUCGACGGUGGGUAGGAGGCUAUGGUGGCCUACAAGCUUGUUCGACAGUGGAUAG